UUUGUCCAGACCACCAUGGCUCUGGGGCUGUCCUCCAAGAAAGCGUCUUCCCGCAAUGUGGCCGUGGAGCGUAGGAACCUGAUCACCGUGUGCAGGUUCUCUGUGAAAACACUGUUGGAGAAGUACACAGCGGAGCCCAUCGAUGACUCAUCCGAGGAGUUUGUGAAUUUUGCAGCUAUCUUAGAGCAGAUCCUCAGUCACCGUUUCAAAGCCUGUGCCCCAGCAGGUCCAGUGAGCUGGUUCAGCUCAGAUGGGCAGCGUGGCUUCUGGGACUAUAUCCGGCUGGCCUGCAGUAAAGUGCCGAACAACUGUGUGAGCAGCAUUGAGAACAUGGAGAACAUCAGCACAGCCCGAGCCAAGGGUCGGGCAUGGAUCCGGGUAGCGCUGAUGGAGAAGCGUAUGUCGGAAUACAUCACCACAGCCCUGCGGGAUACCCGGACCACAAGACGUUUCUAUGACUCGGGAGCCAUCAUGCUGAGGGAGGAAGCCACUGUCCUCACCGGGAUGCUGAUCGGACUGAGUGCCAUAGACUUCAGUUUCUGCCUAAAGGGUGAAGUGCUGGAUGGGAAGACCCCUGUGGUCAUAGAUUACACGCCCUACCUAAAGUUCACCCAGAGCUACGACUACCUGACGGACGAGGAGGAGCGACACAGUGCCGAGAGCAGCACGAGUGAGGACAACUCGCCGGAGCACCCGUACCUGCCGCUCGUCACCGACGAAGACAGCUGGUACAGCAAGUGGCACAAGAUGGAACAGAAGUUUCGCAUUGUCUACGCGCAGAAGGGUUACCUGGAAGAGCUGGUGCGUCUGCGCGAGUCACAGCUGAAGGACCUGGAGGCGGAGAACCGGCGGCUGCAGCUGCAGCUGGAGGAGGCGGCGGCGCAGAACCAGCGCGAGAAGCGGGAGCUGGAAGGCGUGAUCCUGGAGCUGCAGGAGCAGUUGACAGGUCUGAUCCCUGGUGACCACGCUCCCCUGGCUCAGGGUUCCAAGGAGCUCACCACACCCUUGGUCAACCAAUGGCCAUCACUAGGAACGCUCAAUGGGGCUGAAGGUGUCAGCAACCCCAAGCUCUACAGGAGACACAGCUUCAUGAGCACGGAACCACUGUCAGCUGAAGCCAGUCUGAGUUCAGACUCCCAGCGCCUGGGAGAGGGCAAACGGGAUGAGGAGCCCUGGGGUCCCAUCGGUGAGUCCCCCUAAUCUAGCAACCAGCAUCCCUCCAGGAAGGGCUACAGCUAGGCCCUGAGGCCUGUAGUCAGGCCCUGGCCAAUUUCCUCAUUCACUUGGUACUUUCAGAGAGCUUAGCACAGCAAUUAAGAGCCUGGUUUGGGGUGUCUGGCAGACCUGACACAAAUCCCAGCUGCCCCUCCUCUGGUUGUGGAGCUUGGUCAAUUCACCUUGCUGAGCCCUUCUCAUCUGUAAAAUGGGGAUGUUGAUUAAAGUAAUCACCAGUGUUAGCAUAUGGUGAGGGCUUAAUGGCUUUUUGGUAUAGUGACAUCCUCAAGGGGGGGGGUCACAAAUUCUUGGGGGAGUUCUUUGCCUAAUUUGCUCUUAUCUCAUGCAUUCUGUGAACCGCUUGCCUGACCCUUGUUUCCCCCUUUUCUUUGGCUGCCAGGAAGCUCAGAGCCAAAUUAGUGGCUCCCUUCAAGCGAAUGUCCAGGACUUCAACGCAUGCAUUUUGUGUUGCCCUCCCCGUGGCUUCACCUUGGUUUCCCACCCUAGUUUUCCUGGUGCCUGGACGUCCUGUCUUUCUUUCUAAAAACCACACUGUACUGGAUGACUCUAGAUCUUCUUUGAGACAAGGCAGGCUAUGGACGUGUGACCCCACCACACUGUGUUUGUGAUUGUCUGUGUGUCUGUCUCCCCACCAGACUGUGAGCUCCGUGAGGGCAGGGACCGUGUCUCAUCCGUUCUCUGUAUCCCCAGUGCUUGGAACGGAACAAAUGCUCACCAUGUGUUUAAUAAAUGGACAAAGAGAGAGGAUGAACCUCAGGGGGAGACAGAGACAUAAACUGACGAUUACAAUACAGUGUCCCCAGCACUGUGCGUAGCACAGGCAGGUGCUUAUCAAGGUGUAAUUGAAAUGGCAAAUGCUGCAGAAAUGAGGCGUCUCCUGGGGGGGAGGGGUGACCUCAGGGUUCCCCCUUCACUGCUUGUGCCCACAUACCCCACACAUGCCUCACCCACCCUCUCUCCCCAGGGAAGGACCCCACGCCCUCCAUGCUGGGCCUCUGCGGCUCCCUGGCCUCCAUCCCCAGCUGCAAGUCCCUGGCGAGCUUCAAAUCCAACGAGUGCCUGGUGAGCGACAGUCCUGAGGGCAGCCCGGCACUGAGCCCCAGCUGAGGAGCAGUGUGGGCUGUGCCAGCCCCACCUGCCAGGGACACAGAUGCCUGCCACCUUUCCUCAGAGCCCCCCAAUCCAGGCCAUCCUUCUAGAGAACACUGCCCACCCAGCCAAGGGUCUCUUGGGAAAAACACUCUUUGCUCCUGGUUUUAACUUUGUGCCCAAGGAAGCUACGGCUGCCAAGGGAAGUGGGUUGGGUGAGGUGGGGACACCAAGGCCACAAGGAGCCCUUGGCAAAGCUUGCUCCAUUCUGAUGACCCUGACGCCCGGCUGGCUCCCUCCGGGGACUCUCCUUCGCUUAUCUCCUCCGGCCUCUUCAGGAGCGUGGCCCAGGCUCAGCACCCUCACCUCUCCCUCUCCCGUUUGUUCCUCCUGUUCGUUCUUUGGAGUCACUUCUUCCUCAGGCCCCAGGGAAGGGGCUCUGGGAGAUCAGGCCAAUAAAAACCAGAGGACUAAGGGUAGCCUUGUCUGUGGGGGUUGGGACAGGGCUAUCCUGAGGUUGGCAGAAUGUGAUGGAGCCAGUGCCAGGCCCAUAACCAAGGCAAUGCUGGACCACGUGGAGUAGAAUCAGUGGGAGAAAGUGG